GCUGCCGCCGGGGCGCCCCGCGCUGCCGCCGCCGUGCUAUAAGUGCGGGCGCGGGGCGCAGCGGCCGUCGAAGAUGCGCUGGCAGCUGGGGCUGCGCGGUGCCCCGCCGCGGCCGCCCUGCGCGGAGGAGAAGGAAGAAGGAGCAGGCGGCGACGGCGGCGGUGGUGGCGGCGCUGGGCAGCCGCGGCGAUGAGCUGCUCGGACGUGGCCAUGCAGCAGCCCGCUUCGGCGGCGUGCGGGGCACCCCGCUAUCUGAGCGGCGCCGCGGUCGUACCCGCGGCGGGCUGCCCGCAGAAGAAGUUAGCUGUAUACAACAAGAUGCAGGAGUCUCUGGAAGUGACUCUUUCCGGCAAGCAAGAAGAGGAUGAGAAAGAGCAGCCUGCUGAGAUGGAGUACCUUAACUCUCGCUGCGUUCUUUUCACUUACUUCCAGGGAGACAUUGGUUCAGUAGUGGAUGAACACUUCUCAAGAGCUUUGAGCCAAGCCAGUAGCUUCAAUCCAGAAACUGCCCUUACCAAGAGCAAGGCAGGGCUAAGUCCUCUGUGGAGAGAAAGCUCAACAAUUUCAAGCCAAAGGAGCAGUUUUCCAACUUCAUUUUGGACCAGCUCUUAUCAGCCUCCCCCUCCACCAUGCUUAAGUGGAGUACACCCUGAUUUCCCUGUUACUGCACCAGGCACCUUCCCAACACCAGAUCCCAGCAGCUGGCCAGGACAUGGUCUUCAUCAGACUGUCCCACCUCCUCCCCCUGCUGCAUCUGAAUCCUGGCAUUAUCCUUUAGCAUCUCAGGUGAGCCCUUCAUAUGCACACAUGCAUGAUGUGUACAUGCAUCGCCAUCACCCUCAUCCACACAUGCACCAUCACCAUCCCAGCUCGCACCGUGACCCGCGCUAUGGGUCCCUGCUGAUGCCUUCAGUCCGCACGGCCAGGAUUCCUGCUCCUCAGUGUGAUGUGACAAAGACAGAUCCCGCUGCUGUCACCAGCGCUACCUCAGCAUGGGCUGGAGCCUUUCAUGGAACAGUGGACAUUGUGCCAAGUUUUGGGUUUGACACAGGUCUACAGCAUCAGGACAAGAGCAAGGAAACUUCUUGGUUCUGAAGUUCAGAUAAAUUAAGACCAGCUAGAGCUGGAGGCAGCAGCUGGGCAGGUGAUAAAAGAGUCAUUGCCUCCUUCUGCAACGGGCAAAGGACACGCGUGAAGAUGAAGAGCCAACCGUUCUGGUUUUGCUGUUGAGCCUUUUGUUUAUAAGGCCAUUUCUGGGUCCCACAGUGUUGGAAAAAACAAAGCCCUACCUUUUCUUUCUCUCCUCAUCUGAGCCUGCUGCAGCUGGGCAACCUAAGUCCUUUCUGCUCCUUUAACAGUGUUCUGUUUUGUUCAGCUUGAUAUUUGUAUGAACGAUCUCACUUGUCAGGAAAGACUCUCCCUCGGUUACAGUGCGCCUCCUUUCAGGAGUACGGUAUUUUGUAGCUCUUUGUGCAUCUAUUUUUGUAGCAAUACAGAAAGUUUGGGUAAGGAUUGCUGAGUUAUUUUAGGAUGACGUAUUUUUUUUAAAAAAAUUGUAAAAUUGUAAAGUUCUGUUUAAAGAACUUGCUCUCAGAGAAGCACUGGCAAAAAAUGUAUAAAAUGCUAUUUUUAGAUGUCUGUGAUGUGUUUGUGCAUUUUGGUUUUUCUGUGUGUUACCUCAGAUGUCCACCUUUCCUUUCUUUCCACAGGUCUAAACCUUGCUUCUUUCCACAGUACUAGAUUUUGAUGGCUCUGUCCUUUGACUCUAGCUUAAUCAAGUACAACCCACACCUGAAGCUUCGAUGACAUAUCUUUCCUGAUGUUCGAUUGUAGUCAGGGUGUUUUUGUUGUGUUGCUUCUGAAGGUGGUUUUGUUCCUGUGCCGCUAAUCAGAAGCCUGCAAACACCUUUAGCACUGAGGAAAGUUUGGUGUUUACAGAACCUGCGUUUUCAGGGCAUCCAUUCUCUCUAAACUGACCAACUACUAUCAGAGCUUCAGAUCAAAUGUGAGCCUGGGCCUGAUCAACGACCCAUUGAAGCUAUUAAACACCAUCCCCUAUGGGUGUUGUUUGGGGCCCACACAGUGCUCAUAAAUAUCAGUGUGUUUUAACUCAUGAGGCAGGGCUUUCAGCGAAGCCAUUUCCGGAGUGGUGACUUCUG